AUGCAAUGGACUUGUAGCCCAACCAAUCAAAUCCGCGCUAUCCGAAAAUAUAUUUAUCGAACUGCGCAAGUUGGUGAACAUAUUUUGGUGCUGCUCAAAGGUCUAAAUACUACUGAUAGCAAGCGUAACAAACAACGCAUAAAUUUCAUAGAAUAUCGCACAACUUACUUGGACUAUUACAUUCGAAGUAAUUCACGAGAAAGUCCUAGGCAACGCUGUAAAAUGCCUUUUCGAACAAUUACAUCCACUCAAGGAGAAGUCUGCCUUUUUCCAGAAGCAAUGUCUGCACGACUUUGCAAGAGAAUUGGCAAUAUUUUUGGCGAGAAGCUUUCAAUGACUGAAACAUCCGAAUCAGUUAGAGUUCGUUUGUUUUUAUUAAAAUAUUGGUGGAAUGAACACAUUUUUCCUAACAGUAAAUAA